CUGCUUUGCAUCCGCUGUCCCUCUGCUCUCAUCAGCCUUCCUGGCAGCAAUCUCAUCAGCAUUCCUGGCAGCUAUCUCAUCAGCUUCCUGGCAGCAAUCUCAUCAGCAUUCCUGGCAGCAAUCUCAUCAGCAUUCCUGGCAGAAAUCUCAUCAACUUCCUGGCAGAAAUCUCAUCAACUUCCUGGCAGCAAUCUCAUCAACUUCCUGGCAGCAAUCUCAUCAGCUCACACAGCCCCUUCAUUCAGCAUCGUCCAAAACAUGGCUGCAGUCUCCUCUUCCUGUUCACUAAAUUCCAACUCUGAGUGCAAAACCCCACCUCUUCAU